AUGAGGUGGCAUAAAGAAAAACGUCUUAAUGAGCCAAAUGUAUUUAGGCAUCCUGCUGAUUCUGAAGAGUGGAAAGAAUUUGACAAGAAUCAUCAGUGGGUUGCCCAAGAACCUCGGAAUAUUAGACUCGGCCUUGCAGCCGAUGGUUUUAAUCCAUUUGGUAACAUGAGCACAACUUAUAGUAUGUGGCCUGUCAUUCUAGUUCCUUAUAAUCUUCCUCCUUGGAAAUGUUUUAAGGAUCCAUUUAUGUUAAUGUCAUUGCUUAUUCCUGGUCCUCAAGCACCAGGAAAGGAUAUUGAUGUUUAUUUGCGUCCUUUGGUUGAUGAAUUGAAUGAGUUAUGGAGUGAAGGUGUAGAUACAUUUGAUGCAUCAACAGGGGAGUCCUUCAAGAUGCAUGCUGCUGUUAUAUGGACCAUAAAUGAUUUUCCAGCUUAUGGUAAUUUAUCUGGAUGGAGUACUAAGGGAUACAUGGCAUGUCCUACUUGCAAUAAAGAUGCACCUUCACACAAGUUAAGAAGUAAAAUCUGUUACAUGGAUCAUCGCCGGUAUCUUGACCCUAAGCACACAUGGAGAAAAAGCAAAAAAUUUGAUGGUAAGAUAGAAAAAAGAUUGAAACCAAAAGAGCUCUCAGGAGAUGAUGUCUUACAACAAUUGGAUUUUCUUAGUACUCAUAGACCAGGAAAACACCCCAAUAAUAAGAAAAGAAAACGUCUUCCUGAAGAAUUGAAUUGGGUGAGGAGAAGUACUUUAUUUGAGUUGCCAUAUUGGAAGAGCUUGAAGUUGCGACACAAUUUAGAUAUCAUGCACAUAGAAAAGAACAUUUGCGAGAAUAUUUUGGGGACAAUACUGAGUAUUGAAGGGAAAACUAAGGACACAUAUAAAGCAAGACAAGAUCUUAAGGAUAUGAACAUAAGAAAAGAACUAUGGUUACAAGAUAAUGGUUCUAGUUAUACAAUGCCAGCUGCUUGUUAUAAUAUGUCAAAAAGUGAAAAAAAGGAGUUCUAUAAAUUUUUAAAAUCAGUUAAAUUUCCUGAUGGUUAUGCUUCAAAUAUCUCACGGCGUGUAAAUGAGGAUGAUGAUAAGAUAACUGGACUCAAAAGUCAUGACCAUCAUGUUUUGUUACAACGACUGCUGCCUAUAGCUAUUCGUGGAUUUGUAAAUAAAGAUGUCUCUUCAGCAUUGAUUGAGUUGGGCGAUUUCUUUCAACGAUUAUGUUGCAAGACUUUGAGAAAAGAUGACUUAGAACAACUAGAAAAGGAUAUAAUUUUAAUAUUGUGUAAGCUUGAGAUGAUUUUUUCACCAACUUUCUUUGAUGUUAUGGUACAUUUGGAUGUGCAUUUACCACGAGAGGCUAUGUAUGGGGGACAAGAACAAUAUCGUUGGAUGUACAAAAUUGAAAGAUUUUUGUGCAAGCUUAAGCGUUAUGUGCGAAACAAGGCACGACCAGAAGGUUCUAUUGCAGAAGGCUAUCUUAUUGAUGAAUGUUUGACAUUUUGCUCUAUGUAUCUUACUGGCAUCGAAACUAGAUUUAAUCGUGAAGAUCGAAAUGAUGAUGGAUCUAGUAACAAAGAUGAAGUUGUUCUGGACAUAUUCUCAAAAAGUGUUAGACCAUCUGGAGAUGGAAACUAUGAUACCAUGCCAAAGAAAGAUUUCGAUAUGGCUCAGUGGGAGCAUAAAGAAGAGAUGAUGAAGCAAGCUGUUGCGAUAUAG